GUUCCUUCGCUUUGGCUCCCGCGCGCGAGAAGGAAAUGGUAGCGAAAUCCUGGGUCGACGAUGCGCGCAGAACGGCGCGGGAACGUGCGGAGAAGGAUCGUCAGCGGCAUCGCGUAGGCGACGACGUUGGCACAGGCCCCAGCAGCCCCAACGCCUACGUCGAGAUUCGGGAGAGGUGGGAUGGUGCCGAGGAGGAGGCCGUGAACAUCGUAGUGGCUGAGGAGCUUGACAUCUCUACCGAGAAAGCCUCAAGACUUGUCAAUCUCGGUGCCGUGUGGUACUACGACGAGUUCGAAGAGAGGGACUGGAUCCGCAUAAUGAAGCCCAUGAAAAUUCGCUUUGACAUGGUGCUUCGGGUUUUCCCAAAUCCGGAGCGCUACAAGACCUGCUACUUGGACGACUGGGACGAGAGAAUCAAGAAAGUUGAUCGGGAUUUCGUGGUCGUGGACAAGCCACCGCUGCUUCCCUGCUUCCCACAUGUGACAAAUGGGAAGGAGAACUUGAGCCGUGCCGUGGCAGAUGGGCUCAACGUCCGGACUGUCCAAGAGGUAGAGCUUGGCAUGGACGACAAGAACAUGACGCCGAUGACUUGCAUUGACGACGAG